AUGCUUGUUUCCUUUGGCACGCUCUUGAUGUUGCUCACCACAUCCUGUCAGGUACAGGGUGCUGCUGCUGCUGCAACUCAUGUCUCUCAGCAACACCAUUAUAGGGUCGUCCCAUCAUCAUCCACCACCACUUUUUUCCCGCCAAACACACCAACACCAUCCAACAGCUCAAUGAUGUCAAUUCUCGGUGCAAACAUUGGUAACAAGACAUUGUUUCCAUCAACAACACUAGAGAUCGACACAACACACGAAAACUCGGUAAACGACUUGCUAUCACGCCUGGGACAUGACAUGCAUAUGCAUAUGAAAGAUGAUGACCAUCCUGUGACCAUUUUUGGUUCCCUUUCAUCCUCUUCUCAUGACGAUAAUGAUCAACAGCACAUGUCGACAAGUGAUCUUUGGCAGUGGCGCACUGGGCAGCAGUGGAUAUUGCUAGUUGAACGUAUACCAGGUUUCACGGGCCGCUCGACUGUGAUACAUAAGCACUGGCUCAUCUCGUGCUAUGAUACCAGUUGUAUUUGCUUCAACACGCUCGACUCAACAACGUCAUCUUGCACUAGCGAUGUGCAUCCAUCUUCUUCUUCUUCACCACCACAACCACCACGUGUCAUCCAUGCCAUGAAACAAAUCUCUGUAAAACACGUGCUUGUUAUUGGCAAUGACAAUGAUGAUGAUACAACAAGUCGUUGGCUACUUGAUCUAUCAAAGACGCCUAUGCUUUCUUGGAAGAGCAUCGAUCAUGGCGAUCAUCCAUCUUCAUCAUCUUCAUCAUCAUCCUUGGAUAUCGGUCGAAUAGGUAACAAAAGGCAUCUUGUACGACGGGAACUUCCGGAGCAAGGCGCAAAUGGAAAAGGUGGCCAAAGUGAUAGUAGUGGUGGUGGUGGCGGUGGGCUAAACGGAGGCGCUGUGGCGGGCAUCGUUGUCGGUAUCUGUGCGUUCUUUGCACUUGCUGCAGGUUUCAUAUUCUGGAAUCGGCGCCAACAAAGUCGUCGUCUCCAUUUCCAUCACAAGCACCGAGCAGCUCGUUUCAGCCUAUCAACACCUCCUCCUUCACGUCCUGUGAGUGAAAUACACCAUGAUGGAAUGGGUAUUAUACGUACUGCAAGUUUGCCAGAGCCUCAUCAUACACGCUUGAGCACCUUAUCAUUUGGUUCUGAUUUUCAUGUAUCCAUGCACAAUGAUCCAUCCUAUUCAUCGGUGUCAAUGCCACAUUCACGUUUUGAUUCACGUAUAUCGAAAAAGACCUUACAUGAUAUGCCAGAUACAACAAUGAUUCAACGACCAGAGCCAUCUUUGCCACCCUCUUCACGUCGACCCUCAUUCCAAGCAUUAGCAUCCUCUCAACAGCAACCCAUGGUGGAAACAUCGCAUCCAUUAUCAUCAUCGUCACCACGUAAUAGCAGCACCGCUUUUCGUCGUCUCACACUCAACUUGUCAUCUGCACUUCGUAGUAGCAGCGCCAAUAAUCAACAAAGACCUGAUGAUGAUAUGGCUCCUUCACCAUCGUCUAUUCUCAAACGAUACACCAUUGCAGGCUUGGCAUCAGAACGUCGACGAUCCAGCAUGAUGGGUGGUGGCAGCAAUGGCGUGCGAACGUCGCGUUUUCUUCAUAUACCCGGUGCAUCGGCAUUUGCGGAAGAGCCCAAUCCACGCAUGUCGUUAUCUGCAUCGUCCAUUGGUGGUCGCUCCGUGUCUUCAGUACAGUGGGUGGGAUUCAAUGACCAGAUGGAUUACAAGGAACAGCACUGGAACCCCACUGUACAACUUGCAGUGACGAACGAGCAGCAUCGUCAAUCGGUGAGCAGCAGCCGUGCCACAAGUCUCGCCUUGGAUAGUGAUCCCUACACCUCGUCACGUGGUACAUUGGUAUCCACGGCGUCUCCACGCAACAGUAUUCAGCAACGACAACAACAACCACAGCAACAACCAUCACCUGCAUCUUAUCGAUUGAGUAUGCAAGAAUUGUAUUCGUGGGAUGAUUCUUUGUUUAGUCAACGUAUACGAUCCAGUAUCCUUGCUCGUCAACAACAACAGCAUCAAGGAUCAUGUGCUUCUCUUCCUGCACGGACUACCGGUCAUCAUCGAUUACAUAACGAUAGUAACAGCAGCAGCGCUGAUAGCUUUGUCAUCAAUACGGGGAUCGCAUCCAUGUCCUCACCUACACGACCCACCUUCAAGUAA